GUUUUGCAUGGACAGUGAUGAAAUUAUAUGAUCAAUGUUCAUGAGAGAUACCUGUCAGAUGAUCACUCAUCUUACACUGGCAGAGCCUAAGCGCCAAGCGCUCUUGGACUGCAUGACUCCGCCACUGGACAUGCGUUAAAAUUGCUGUAUUUUCAUCGGCUCCACCCUGUCACGGGCCGUCCGCCUAAUACAAUAGCUAGUAUUAAAGCCAUGCUAUCUUAAUCCCGUAGCAUCUCAUCCUGCCAGUGUUUUCCAUCGAAUCAUGCUCAACUUCCCUUGGGCUCGACGUGUCCUACUACCUCGAACUGGCACGCAGAAAGAGAGAACGCCGUUUCUCGAACGAAGGCUUGGGGUAUGGCGCAUACUGAUCGCCGCUGAUGAAUCAUCAUCAUUCAGGCUCCCCAAUCUUCAAUGGGACCUUGUAUCGACACACGUCCCCCUCUUGACUCGCGCAUACAAGGAUUUUCACUCUGUCAGUCCAAAACUGUUUUGGCUCCUAAUGGUUACAAACCUCUGGUAUGCGAUUGAGGACCCACUGUCCCUCUAUUUCUCAAACCGCCUUUUACUUCUCAUUCAACGCUCUGUUUUGGAAGGCAAGAUUCACACGAGUCUCGACAAAGAUCUAUGUAUAGCCAUCAUCGCUCGAGCUUCAUGCUCCGCGUUCAGCGGAUUUGUGCAGUGGACUUCUAAUGGUGUCAAGGAUCGAUACCGCACGCUUGUCUGUUACCGAUUUCAAGAGUUGUUACUGCGAGCAAAUCUCGCUCGUGACAUUGAGGCGUCCCAAGAUAACGAGGCAGGUCUUACAGUCAACACUAGGCAAGUGUUUUACUGCCUUGUACGAUUGCUCGAUCUUGGGAAGGAGAUUAUUUCGUUUCUGCUCCAAUUGCGAUUAUUGCUGCAUCUCCUAGGCUCCGAAUUUGCGAGUGCUGGACUUGCCUCGAUUUUAAUGUGUUUUUUGCCCCUGAUCUUGGAGAAUAUGUGGGACAAUGAACUCUGGAACAAAGCUUACGUGAAACAGGCAGUCAAUGACGACUACCUGCGGCAAGAGGCCUUGACUUCACUUGCGAAACACACAUACAAAGCUGAGGUGAUGGGAGGCAAUUUAUCAGGUUAUCUUUUAAAUGAGUACCAGAAGGUGCACGACGCACUUAGUCACAUACCUAACGGAGAAGUCGAGGAUCUGUGGAAAACAUCAACGACCGCUCUGCCUAGUAUCUUCUCGAACCUCUGCAAUGACGGACCCAUGCUCUAUAUUGGGCUUUUGGCUCUCAUGAAUCCAAGUCAGGUAUCUGUUGUUCAGCUAGCUAUGCUAGAACAAGCUGCCACGCGUCUCCGAUACACGUUUUCUUUCUCCAAGCACAUCAUUAGCCUUUAUCCGACUGAAUUGGCCGGCUUGAAGAAUUUCUACAGACUUCUCGAUCUUAAGAACAAGAUGAAAGACGGCUGUAUGCCGUAUUCACCGGCAGCUGGUUCUUUAGGUCUCUCGUUAGAAGUUCGAAACGUAUCGUUUAAUUAUCCCGGUGCCAAGUCUGAAAGAGAUGCAUUGAAGGAAGUUUCUUUUUCGAUAAAAGCAGGUCAAUUGGUAGUCAUCGUCGGCGCAAACGGCUCAGGAAAAUCGACCAUACUCAAGCUCCUGACUCGCUACUACGACACUACCUCAGGCACUGUCUUGAUCGAUGGAAAUCCCAUCCAAGAUUAUCGAAUUGCAGACUUGCGGUCUGUGACAGCUAGUCUAACGCAGGAGCACACCUUAUUCCCUCUCUCUAUGAGCGAGAACAUCGGGAUCGGGUCACCAGCAUCUGUAACAAAUCUUGACAAGAUUGCCCAAGCAGCGAAGUUAGCUGGUGCUAAGGACGUCAUCGAGAACUUCACCGACGGAUAUGACACUGUCCUCGAACCUGUCAAGACUGCCCAGCUUAGCUAUACAGGGAGGGGGAACGAGGACCUGAAAAAUGAGUACGAGAAGAUGGAGAAAACAACAAACGUGUCUGGCGGAGAGAAACAAAGACUAGUCGCCUCCCGGACGUUUAUGCGUAUGCUGUCCGAAGAUAUCAAGUUUGUUAUAGUCGACGAGCCAAGCUCUGCUCUUGACCCAGGAGGCGAAUACGAACUAUUCAAGCAGCUGAGGGAGGCACGCAAAGGAAGAACCAUGAUAUUCGUCACGCACCGUUUUGCGCAUCUCACCAAGUUUGCCGAUCUCAUCUUGUGUAUGAAGGGAGGAAGUGUGAUUGAGAUGGGAACGCACCAAGAACUGUUGAACCAUCAGGGAGAGUAUGCUCACUUAUAUAAUGUCCAAGCGCAAGCUUUUACUUGAGACUUACCGAACCAUCAAGGAUAGCCCUCAUAAAAUUCAAGUUAGUAUACGUCGGCAAAUGGGAUUAUGCUACGCAACAAUGAUAGUCACUUCCGUACAACGCAAAAUAGAUUAUAAAACCUGUAUAUCGCAGUCCCACAAAUGACUGACGGUCCUCAAA